AUGGAUGCUGAAGUAAAAAGAAUCCUGCAGAACAAGGAGGACCACUAUAAAGUGCUGGGCGUGCCCAGGGGCAGCACUAAGGAUCAGAUACGGAGCAGCUACAGGAAAAUAGCUGUUAAAAUUCACCCGGACAGAAACUCCGAUCCUAGAGCGACAGAAGCCUUCAUUGUCCUCAAGCGAGCGUACGAGGAGCUGACAACGGACCAGCCAAAGUUCUCGCACACCGCACACCCCGGGGGCACCCACUACAGGCACGCAGGGGCCCACGCAAAUACAGAGUUUGAGGAGCUCCUAAGGUGGUACAUGUCGGCGUCCCAGGGAAACAUAUACACAUUCACUGCCCACCACCCGUUUUCCAGCGGAUUCUCCAGAUUUGGAUACAGGCAUCCCCGAGAAAGGGCGGAUUUAGAGCAGGCGGAAGUCUCAACCAGGGCCCUGGUGAUGCUUGUGGUUUUUCUGAUUCUGUUUGGGCUAAUCCGGGGGUGA